AUAUAUAUUUUCUGAGCGAGGGUGAGCUGGAAAUGGUGAUUGGCGAGCAUUUCACCACUCCCACCUCAGAGAAUGAAAUUCUUCAGAGAGCCCACCAAUGAAACCAGGCAACGUGUAUAACCAUCACUACAAAUUCAUUUCUAUAAUGUCCCUUUCAGAAAGAGCUAACAUUAAACAAGCAAGAGGGAUCAUUUGCCCCUCUCUCUCUCUCUCUCUCUCUCUCUCUCUCUCUCCUUUUCAAACUUAUAUUUGCAGAGAGAGAAGUUCCCUAGUUUAUUGAAGGGACUUUGAUUUGAACAGCAGAGGAAUUUGGUUGUGCUUUGUAGAGUUUCUGUUCAAAUGAGCUAUGGGUUCUUCUUCAAUAUGGGGAAUGAUGAGGACGAAGGUGUUGAUUGUGACUUUGCUUUUUGUGGCCUUCAAUGUGAUGGUGUUUACACUGCUCUACACAUUCCCUUCUGUUAGAUCCAACGUUUCCUACGAUGGCAAAGCUUUUAUCAUCAAUGGCAAGCGAAGGAUUCUUGUCUCUGGUUCAAUUCACUAUCCCAGAAGUACCCCUGGGAUGUGGCCUGAUCUCAUACAAAAGGCUAAAGAUGGAGGCGUCGAUGUUAUUCAGACAUAUGUAUUCUGGAAUGGCCAUGAACCAUCACCUGGACAAUAUCAUUUUGAGGGAAGGUUUGAUCUUGUCAAGUUCAUCAAGACUGUACAUCAGGCAGGACUUUAUGUUCAUCUCAGGAUUGGCCCUCAUGUUUGUGCUGAAUGGAAUUUUGGGGGCUUCCCUGUUUGGCUGAAAUAUGUGCCGGGAAUAGAGUUCAGGACAAACAAUACAUCGUUCGAGGUGGCAAUGCAACGGUUUGUAGAAAAGGUCGUCUCGUUGAUGAAGUCGGAGAAGUUGUUUGGGCCACAAGGAGGGCCAAUAAUCAUGUCUCAGAUAGAGAAUGAAUACGGACCGAUUGAAUGGGAAAUCGGGGCUCCUGGCACAAAUUAUACUCUGUGGGCAGCUAAAAUGGCUCUCGAAUUGGACACCGGUGUUCCAUGGAUUAUGUGUAAACAAGACACUGCUCCUGAUCCCAUUAUCGAUACCUGCAAUGGCUUCUACUGUGAAAAUUUUCAUCCCAACAAACCGUAUAAGCCCAAGAUGUGGACCGAAGCCUGGACUGGAUGGUUUACACAGUUUGGUGAGACAUCUACCCACAGACCGGUCGAAGACUUGGCCUUUGCUGUGGCGAGGUUCGUCCAGAAUAAUGGUUCGUACUUCAACUAUUACAUGUACCACGGAGGAACUAAUCUUGGUCGGAUUUCAGCUGGUCUUUUCGUUGCCACCAGCUAUGACUACGAUGCGCCAAUAGAUGAAUAUGGACUUCUAAACGAGCCAAAAUGGGGGCACCUGAGGAAUUUACAUAAAGCGAUUAAGCAAUGCGAACCGGUUUUAGUUUCAUCUUAUCCCAACAUUUCAUGGCCUGGAAGAAACCAAGAGGUUCAUGCGUUCACCUCCAAGACCGGAGAAUGUGCUGCUUUUCUUUCCAACUAUGACCCGAUGUAUCCUACAAACUUGACAUUUCGCAAUGUGCAAUAUGAGUUGCCGCCAUGGUCCAUCAGUAUCCUGCCUGACUGCAAGACUGUAGUUUAUAAUACUGCAAUAAUUACCUCCAAAAGCUCCACGGCGCAGAUGGUGCCUGCAGGUGUUGAAUUAAAAUGGCAGUCUUACAGUGAAGAGAUUCCUUCUGCUGAAGACAAUGAUGCACUCAAGGUGGCAGGCUUGUUGGAGCAAACAAAUCUUACCAGAGACAACACUGAUUAUUUAUGGUACCUGAUACAAGUUAACAUAUCUUCCAAUGAAGGGUUCCUAAAGACUGGACAAUGGCCGCAACUCACGGUUAUGUCAGCAGGCCAUGCCUUAAAUGUCUUCAUCAAUGGCAAGUGGUCAGGGAGCGUGUACGGGAGCCUGAAGAGCCCAAAGCUUACUUUUAGGGGAUAUGUGAACUUGAGAGCUGGUGUUAACAAGAUAUCAUUGCUUAGCAUCACUGUUGGCCUACCGAAUGGAGGCCUGCACUACGAGAAGUGGAACACAGGAGUUCUUGGUCCGGUCACUUUGAAGGGUGUCAAUGAGGGGACCCGAGACUUGUCCAAUCAGAGAUGGUCUUACAAGGUUGGACUGAAAGGUGAAUCACUACAGCUUCACACUAUUGGUGGAAGCUCUUCUGUUAAGUGGGUAGAGGGAUCAGCGUUUGCUCAAAAGCAACCUCUGACUUGGCAUAGAGCAACAUUCGAUGCGCCUAAAGGAAAUGAUCCACUGGGAUUGGAUAUGGCCAGCAUGGCAAAAGGGGAAGUGUGGAUUAACGGAAACAGCAUUGGAAGGCACUGGCCUGGAUACCUAGCAUCAGGGCAAUGUAGUGGGUGCAGUUACAAUGGCACAUUCACUGAGAAGAAAUGCAGGAGGAAUUGUGGUCAGCCAUCUCAGAGAUGGUACCACCUUCCACGUUCAUGGAUGAAACCAAGAGGGAACCUGUUAGUGGUGUUUGAAGAAUGGGGAGGUGACCCAUCAAAAAUCUCUUUAGUUAAGAGAACAGUAUGAACUGGAAUACAGCGUACAGGGUAUACAGGGAUUCUAUAUAUUCAAUUAUUUAUCUUCAGUCUUUGUUUCUGAAGCUCUGCAAGCCUCUUGAUUGUUUUGGAGAUGACAAUGGUCCAGGCAAUAGAUUCUUCCAACAGCAAUAGAUACCACAAUUCUUCCACCUUGAAUAUACAGGCAAGGUAGUGGGAACAGGGCCUUCGUUAGCAUAGGGCCAGAUUUGUAAAAUGAUGCAUAGUACCAGAAAAAUAAAUGUAGGCAACUUAUAGAACAGAAAAUUUCAAUAAUUACAAAGUUCAGUGGUCUAUAUA